AUGAAAUUGAAAAAGGAAAUGACCAAUAUUCAAGAAUUGAAAGCGGCUGCUAAUCGCAGCUCUUCGUUAGCUAAUGAUGUAUGUAAUGUGCUUGGUGCAUGUGAGCAAAGGUUGCAACAAUUGGAGACCGCUGUUCUUCCAUUGUAUGGGGAUACUGCUCGUUUACAACACAUUCAUCAGAACAUGGAGCGCACAGUGAAGUCAUUGGAUCAUGUCAUUAACUACUACAUGGUGUCACGGGAAUUAGCCGAUCUAAUUCAAGCUGGCCCCCACACAUCAACUACUGAGUCAUUGAAUGUAUACUUAGAGGCAUUAGAUAAAUUAGCUGAAGCGCAGAAUUAUUUCAAUAAGCACAAUCCCCAAAGUGUUGAAUUGGAGAAUAUUAAUCAGUUGUACAAUGCUGGUGUUUUAAAACUGGAGAGCGCAUUUGAGGAGCUGCUGAGUCGCAACACAAGACCUCUGUCUCCUACUACACUAAUGGAUAUGAUAGCUUUGGAGGAAGACUCGAGCGUGGACAGCGUGAGUGUGAGCGGCAGCGGCUCCACCUCUGGCGCGGCGUUGGAGACCAUGAGGGCGGCGGCGGCAUGGCUGAGCGCGGCAGGUCGGCCCCCGGCCGGGCCCCUCCUGGCCAUCCGGGCGCCGGCGGCCAAGAGCUCGCUCGUCGCCUUCAAGGACUACCUGAGGUCGCGCUCGAUGGCCGCCUCUCCGCUCAUGAAGUCCAAGAAUUUGCUGCACCGUUCGGAUAGCACAAAGAAGACAAGUAAACUACAGAAAGUGCUGGAGAAGCGCGCCAACAAGCUGAUGCUGAAGGCCUCGCAGACCCUGGAACAGUCCACGGGCCUCGCGAUCGGCCCUCGACGCUCCCUCAACGAGGCCUACGGCGAGGAGUCUAGCGAGGCGCUGGACGAGCAGGAGGCGGAGCUGGCGGGCACUUUGGCGGCGGCCGUGUGCCGGCUGGCCAGGCACGAGCAGCGCGCCGCGCUCGGGCUGGUGCCGCUGCCGCGGCUGCCCGCGCUGCUGGCCGCCACGCUGCGCGACUGCUUCGCCGCGCUCGCCGCCGACGUGGAGGUGACGCCCUACCUGAUCGCGCGAGUCAUGUUU